AUGGCUAAGAGGUUCAUGACAUGCUCAGUAUUUUUACUGUUAAUGUUUGGACUGGGAACUUCAUUUUCGGGUGUCUUCAAUGCCUCAGACAAAGAUUUUUUUAGUGACUUGGGCCAGUUCAGAUUGACAGAGGACAGAGUGCCGGAGCUCCGUAAACUUCAAGCCACGAAUCCUCACCCCAACCUUUACUUUAACCAGGCGGAUAUACAAGCGCUGAGGCAAAGAGCCACCGCGACUCACAGUCACAUUUUUAAAGUCAUCAGAGCAGCUGUGUUGACUAUGCUCUCUAACGUUCCUCUUUAUAUGCCUCCUGCUAAACACGAGGAGUUCACCAGCAAGUGGAAUGAGAUUUAUGGUAACAACUUGCCUCCACUGGCUCUGUACUGUCUCCUCUGCCCCGAGGACUCUGCUGCACUGCAGUUUCUGAUCAAGUUCAUGGACCGCAUGGCAGCUUACCCAGAUUGGAAAGUCACCAGUGCCCCCAAUGAUGAAGUGCCCAUGGCUCAUUCUCUGACUGGGUUUUCCACUGCUUUUGACUUUAUCUACACUUCCCUCGACCAGCAACGACGAGACCUUUACCUCAGGAGAAUUCGAACCGAGACCGAGGAGCUGUACGAAAUGUCCAAAUACAGGGGCUGGGGAAAACAGUUUUUACAAAAUCACCAAACCACUAAUAUUUUAGCCAUUUUGACUGGUGCCAUUGUAGUUGGUACUCACGACGACCCAGAGAGCAUGGUCUGGAAGCAGGUUGCAGUGAACUAUAUGGAAAAGACCAUGUUUCUCUUGAACCAUGUUGUAGAUGGUACUCUAGAUGAAGGUGUGGCGUAUGGAAGCUACACCUCAAAAUCCAUCACGCAGUAUGUGUUCUUAGCACAGCGGCACUUCAACAUUGACAACACGCAGAACAACUGGCUGCGUACUCAUUUUUGGUUUUACUAUGCCACUCUGUUGCCAGGGUUCCAGAGGACAGUGGGCAUAGGAGACUCUAACUACAACUGGUUUUAUGGCCCAGAAAGCCAACUGGUUUUCUUAGACACAUUUGUUAUGAAAAACGGGACAGGAAAUUGGCUCGCUCAACAAAUAAGGAAACACAGACCCAAGGAUGGUCCAAUGGGACAGUCCUCUGCGCAGCGCUGGACUACCUUACACACUGAGUUUAUUUGGUACAAUGCCCACCUCACACCGCAACCACCUUAUGGCUUUGGCAAACCCAAAAUGCACAUAUUUUCUAACUGGGGUGUGGUGACUUAUGGGGGAGGGUUACCCUUAGGCCAGGGCAAUACAUUUGUCUCCUUCAAAUCAGGAAGGCUGGGGGGCAGAGCAGUAUAUGAUAUUGUCCAUGCUAAGCCUUACUCCUGGGUGGACGGCUGGAAUAGCUUUAACCCAGGGCAUGAGCACCCGGACCAAAAUUCUUUCACUUUUGCUCCUAACGGACAGGUGUUUGUGUCUGAGGCACUUUACGGUCCCAAAUACAGUUAUUUAAACAAUGUGCUAGUCUUCAGUCCCUCCCCGUCAAGCCAAUGUAAUGCUCCCUGGGAAGGUCAGCUAGGAGAGUGUGCUAAGUGGCUACGCUACACUGAUGAAGGGGUAGGGGAUACAGCUGGAGAGGUGAUAGCAGCUUCUUCCCACAGAGACACCUUGUUUGUGAGCGGAGAGUCAGUUGCAGCGUAUUCUCCUGCCAUGAGGCUCAAAAGCGUUUACAGAGCCCUAGUGCUGCUCAAUUCUCAGACACUGCUGGUGGUGGAUCACGUGGAAAAGUGGGAUGACUCACCAAUAAAUAUGCUCAGUGCAUUUUUCCAUAACCUCGACAUUGAUUUUAAGUAUGUACCACAUAGGGUCAUGGACAGGUACAGUGGAGCUUUAAUGGACGUCUGGGAUGCUCAUUAUAAAAUGUUUUGGUUUGACAGUCAGGGUUAUAGCCCAGACACUAGAAUUCAAGAGGCAGAACAAGCCGCAGAGUUUAAAAAGAGGUGGACUCAAUUUAUCAAUGUCACGUUCCCUGUGAGGGGACCAGUCAAUAGAAUGGCGUAUGUGAUGCACGGGCCGUACGUGAAGGUGUCUAAUUGCAGGUUCAUCGACAAUGGCAAAAAUGGCGUUAAACUGUCGCUCAUUAUUAAUAAUACGGAAAAAAUCGUUUCCAUAGUAACAAACUACAAAGACGUAGGAGCUCGUUCCAGUUACUUGGGCUUUGGGGGUUACGCCAAAGUGGAGGACAGACGACAGAUUAUCCGCUUUGGUCUGGGAACACAACUCAUCCCUAAACAAACUACCGUUGACAAUCAGCUGUUUGACUUUGGAUUUACAGUGAAUGUUAUUGCUGGGGUGAUACUGUGUGUUGCAAUCUGCUUUCUGACCCUGCAGCGUAAGUUUUACGUUUGCUUCAGCAGGCUGAUGCGAUACGCUCUCCUUUCUGUCCUUACACUCUGGAUCAUUGAGCUCUUGUUUGUCUCUAAUAGUUGUGACCAGCUGCUUUGUGGGGUGAAAUGGAAAGGUGGCACCACUGACCCUGAACUCAGCAAACAAAUGAGACUUUAUGAUCAGCGCCAUUUUCCCCUGCCCACUGUCAUCAUAACAACACUGCCUGGCUCGGGCUCAGACAUACUGAAACAUCUUUUCUAUAAUAACUCGGACUUUGUGUAUCUGCGAGUUCCCACAGAGCACUUGGACAUUCCAGAGACAGAAUUUGAGUUCGAUUCAUUGGUGGAUGCUUGUGAAUGGUCAAGGUCAGAUGCCCAGCACGGACGCUUUAAAAUCAUUCAGGGCUGGUUGCACUCUCUGGUCCAUAACACCCACCUGCACUUGCAAAACAUCCCGCUGCAUGACACGAGCAGAACUAAGCCAAUUCAGAGAGUUGGCAGCCUUCGAGAAAAGCGAAAGAGGGCCAGGAGGCGGGAGCCGGCGGCCGAGAUGAGGGGCAGGGUGAGGGCUAGUCUGGACAGAGAUGCUGAGUAUGUGAGAGAGUUAAGGAGACACACGGGGGAGUUCCCUAAUUCACGAGUAGUUCUGCACCUGAGAAGUGGAAGCUGGGCACUGAAACUGCCCUUCAUCCAGGAGGUUAUCGGCCCAUCCCUGCGGGCCAUUUACGUGGUCAGGGACCCCCGGGCCUGGAUUUACUUGAUGCUUUAUAAUAGUAAGCCAAGUCUUUACUCCCUAAAGAAUAUACCACAGCACUUGUCCCUAAUGUUCAAAGAUGAUGUCAGCAGAGACAGGUGUCCUGCGUUCGCCUCCGAGUUUAGAAUACUGUGGCGUCUUCUCUCCCGUUCGGAGAGUAACCCAGUCCUGCUGCUGGCCCACCUGUGGCUGGCGCACACUGCUUCUGUUCUCCGGGUUACAGCCACCCUCCCAGAGGAAACCUACCUCCAAGUGAGGUUUGAGGAUGUGGUUAACUUUCCCCAGGAAUCGGCCGAGAAGAUACACUCCUUUCUCGGGGUUCCUGUCACACCCUCUGCCCUCAACCAGUUAAUGUUCACCACCUCCACAAACUUGUACAACCUGAUGUAUGAAGGAGACAUAUCACCAGCCAGCAUCAAUGUAUGGAGGCAGAACAUGCCCCGGAAAGAUAUCCGACUUAUUGAGGAUGCGUGUGGGUUCAUGAUGAAAAGACUUGGAUACUCCAAGUUCAUCAGUUAA